UUGACCGAGCAACCACCAACCUUAUAGAGGAAAUAAGUGCGUUAUGCUCAACUACAACAUCGGCACUACAUGUAAAGUAGUCCGCGACAGAACAGCUCAGAAAAACAAGAUGUCUUAUAAUACCGUCAAUCCGGAAAGAAACGUGAAGCAUGUGAGCAAGAGCUUUGACGAGGCUCUGGCAACAGAGUUAUUUUUCACAAAUUUGAGCAUGACCGCCACGUGCCUCAUCUGCAGGCAGCACGUAUUGUUUAAGGGGAUAAUUAUGAGGAGGCAUUACCUCGCAAAACACGCAGAAAAGUAUGAUGAAUACAAAGGACGGAGCAGGAAGACUGUAUCCGACGAGCUUCAUGCUGAAUUCCACAGCUCCAAAGGGACCUCGCCGAUAGAACCUGCACAUGUACCAAAAGAGGUCGCCACAGCCAUGCUGAGUCUCAAGCUGAUAUCUGCGACCGACACACAGUAUUCAGCAGCUGUGCUGAAGUCAUUGAACGAGCAGCGAAAUCAUGGAUUAUUUUGUGAUGUCACCAUUAUCAUACAGGACAAGAAAUUCCGAGCGCACAAAGCAGUCCUGUCAGCUUCAAGUACUUACUUCCACCAGCUCUUCAGUGUAGCCGGACAAGUGAUUGAGUUGAACUUCAUCAAAGCAGAAAUUUUUGAGGAGAUUCUCAAUUACAUUUACAGCUCCAAGAUCUUCCGUGUCCGCUCCGACAUGCUUGAGGAGCUCAUCAAGGCCGGACAAGUACUUGGAGUCAAGUUCAUUGCAAACUUGGGGGCUCCGUUAUCACAAGUUAAGGGUCUGCCUGGUUUGUCAAAGGAGACUGGGAGCAAAAGUGACACAUCCACACAGAUGAUGCCCAUCAUCGCAGAGUCUUUCUCAAUAUCUGCCGAGGAAUUCAAUCAAACAAGCAAGCAGGCGGGCAAUGACUCUGACUCGGAUAGCGACGUUAUGUUCGUCUCACAGACGGAUCCUCAAACUAGGGCAGCCGACCAGAAAGCCAAAUCUGGUGAGGUAAUUGAUUUAGAUACAGCGGAUUCAGGAAACACCGCGUCGAAGCAAAAUGAAGCAUCAAAUCAUACAGUUGCAAAACAAAAAGAGAAAGAUGAGAAAGCCAACACCUCCUUGCAAACAAGUCCUGCACAGCCUCCCAGCAUCAGUGGUCCAAUCCCCAGCAUCCCCAACAGCAGCCCUCUGCACAGUCCAGACAGCAGCUCCAAUAACUUGGUGUCCCCUGCCAGAGUUUCUUCCGGAAGUGCCCCAACAACGCCAGCCAAGUCGAGCAACGCCACACCUGAGCCAUUCAGUGCCUCUCAGACCUCUGAAAACAGCAAACUAAUGGGAGUACACCAGAAGCAGGUCUCUGCUUCUUCUCAGCCGGGGGAUUUCAAAUUGAAGCUUGUAGAUUUGUCUGACCAAGCAGUUCAAACUAACAGUCCCAAAUCGGUCAUAGCAGCGAAAAAGACAGUGACGCUCAACACAACCACCGAGAUCGAUUCAAUUUCAUCAGGCUGUAAAGUGUAUGCGAAUAUUGGGGAAAACACAUAUGACAUUGUCCCAGUGAAGGACGAUCCGGGGGAAGGGGGCUCUAAAGCCAAUAAUGGGAAGAGGUCAUUAAUGGCGACGCCUUUGAAACCCCUGGAUAAACCCCCCACCUCACCGGUGGGCUGCCCGAACAAGAAGAAGACCAAAACGGAGCUCGAGGAUCACUAUGAGCUCAUCAUGGAUGGGAAGACUUUCUACGUGUGCGUCGUCUGCAAGCGCCCCUACGUUUGUCUGACGAGUCUCCGUCGCCACUUCAACACCCACUCGUGGGAAAAGAAGUACCCCUGUCACUUCUGCAACAAGGUCUUUGCACUGGCCGAGUACAGAACUAAACAUGAAAUCCAUCACACGGGAGAGAGGAGGUACCAGUGCUUGGUGUGCAAUGAGACUUUCUUGAACUACCAACUGCUGUCAACCCACUGCAAGCAGGCCCACAACCAGGACCCCAGCGGCAGGAAAGAGAAGGAUGAGACGGACAACAACCUGUACCGGCUCCUGCCGUGUAAAACGGUGCAGAUGAAGCCGUACUCGUGGAGCGAUGACGGGCAGGGGGUCCCGGUCAUAUCGGAGGACGGCAGCGUGCAUCACAUCAGCGCCGUCGGCGAAGAGGUCCACUCCUCCACUCAGAGCAGGAUGUUGAACUGGGACGACAUCUUUAUCGAGCCCGACGCUCACAUGCCGCCGGACGCUCGCGCCCGACCAGCGGCGCCCAUGAACAUUCCUCAGCCAAGAGCCACAGAGUUUGACUUUGUUAUACCAGAGACCUACUGAGCAGCCCGAGCUGCUCCAUGACCUGUGCCUUUUAGGUGCCCCCCCCCCCCCCACACACACACACACACACAUUUCCUCCUUGUUUCCAUGUCAAAAAAUAUUCUUCUGUAAGUCUUAAUAGUCCGCUUAACGUACGGUCACAUUAGCGUAUUCCCUUUUAAUGACAUUUUUCUGUUGUAAUAUUGUACUAAACUCUGAUGAUGCACUCGGCCAGAGCCAGCUAGAGAUGGCUUGAACGUUUUAGUCUGGAGUUGAAGGGAAAGGGAGACGCAGCGAGCCGUUGGCCAUACCGUUACCGUAUCAUUGGAAGAAAUGAUAGUCACGUUAGCAAAAACAUGGAAGUAGUUGCCACACAGUAACGCAAUUAAAGAAGAUUAGUUUAUCUGGAUGAUUGAAAGUUCCAUCCAAGAAAAAGUCAAAACAUGUUUAAUUUGUCACUGUGAUGCAAGUUAUAUCUAUAUAAACUUACAUUUUACUUAUGAUGUAUCCUAUGAGAUAUGCCUUUUUAAGAAUGUGAAUCAUCGGGAGAUGAUUUUGUAGGUAACCUGGCGCCCCGCUUUUCACAGGAUGCAUUAUUAUGCACUUUGUGGUUUCAACAGAUUUGUAUAAAAUACAAGAUUUGACCCGUAAUCAAAUUAAACACUUGCUCGCAUUUUUUUACCUAUCAUGCAUUGGUCAUGAAUUAGACGGAGAGUUGUGAUUGUUUGCAAUUCCACAUAUGGAUAUUGUGGAAAGGAAGAUAUAUCAUGGUUAUUUAAUGUUUCAGUGGUUGAAAAACAAAUUAUGGAUUACUUUUUGGUUGAUUAAACACCUGUUUUCUUUUCUUUCACUUGUACGUUUUUAUUUCCUAUGCUUGUCAUUUUCCCUUUUAUUUUAAAUAUAAAUUUCAAAGCCAAAAUCCUCCAUACAGCAGGCUAGAGACGAGCAUACAUGUAGUGAUAGGAGUUGCAUACAUUGAGAAUGUGUUCAGUCCGUACAUAAAGCACUGGGUGUUUGAUCAGGCAGAGCGGUGGUUCUGUAAAAAAAAAAAAAUGUUUUCAUUGUAUCGAAGAGUGGUGUUAACAUGGGUAUCUAUUUUACUUUGUCUCAUUCAAUAAAAUCAUGCUGAGUUAGUUUAUUAAUUAACAGGUUAACAUUGGUGUCUGAUGUACAGUAUGUUUUUGUCCCGCUGUCUUUUGUUUCAUGUGUAUUUAUUAGGUUAAUAGCCGCAUACAACAUGGAAUAGUUAUUACAUUCUCUGUUCUGUUCUCAUUUAACUAAAUGUUAGUAAAAAGGGUUCCCUAAUGGUGAAUAAAUUAUUAUUUUACUAUUUUAA